UUUGGAUCCUUAAUGGCAUCUCAUUUGAGGUAUCAUAUCUGCAGAUAAAUGAUACUGGCACUUAUAAAUGUGUUCAGACCAGAACCAUUCCACCUCCUUCAGUUGUUUUGCGAGACGACAGAACAUUUGUUCAAGUGAUUGCUCGCCCCACUGUGUCUGUAUCACAAACAAGAGCAUUGGAUGGAUUUACAAUCCUUUGCAGCUCUGAAGAGUUUUAUCCUUCAGCUAUAAAACAGGUGUGGAUGAGAAAUGGAGAAUUUCAGAACAUUUCUCAGACACUGAACAUUAACAAAACCAACCCAGAUGGAUCCUUCACUCUCCAUUCAUAUCUGAAUACAUCUGACUGUGAAAACUACUCGUGUUGGGUGAACCACUCAACCUUAAGCCAACCAACAACUCUUCAUGUGCUUCCUAAUUACUGUAACAAAGACCAAGUAGAUGUAUGGAUAGCUGUGGCGACCUCUGCAUUACUGAUUCUUGCCGUACUCAUUCUUACAGUCACCUGUGAGCGUUACAGAAGAGCGCAUCACCGGUCUCCUGUCCAAUCUGACACCCCUACCUAUGUGCAGAAUGAAAUCUAUUCAUCACUGGGUAAUCACCAUCCAGUUCCAUGCAGCCCGGUCAGACUCAAUGCCUCACAACAUCAAGGCUUUUCACUAUGAUCAAUAUAGUCCGGUUCAUUCACUACCCUAAGUUUCAUCCAACAGUUCAUUCUGGUUCUUGAUUCUGAUUGACUGAGAGGUCUUUCUGCCAAUGUGAUAC